AGUCAGGCUGCGAGUGAAAGCACUCCUGCCAUCCCAUUGAUGAUGUCAAGCAUGGGGACGACCUUUGCUCCAAUCACCACUGUAGGAUCGAUUGGCAUGAUCCCAAUCAUGUCAACCCCUACUCCUACGCCAACGACAACAAUGUUCCCAGGCUCGAUAACAACGCCUGGUGGAGCAUUCACACCAUACCCGUCAGCUUGGGCUCAGUUUGCUGCUGACCCGGCAAAUGCUCAGGCUCUACAGGGCUAUCAACAGGUGAUGGACAUGAUGCAACAGGCAGGUGGCUUCAUGCCAUUUGCCUAUCCCGGCAUGACGCCACCAAUCAUGCCACCUCCGGUGUCGACCCCGUCGACAUUUAUCCCUAGGAUGGUCCCUAUACAUCCGGUGAAUUUGACGGGGACUUUGAAUGAAGCAGCGCCCUCAAAUGUCCAUGAAAUCAAUGAGGCGGAGCAGGAAACGGCCCGCAGGAGGAAGGGUAAGGCUAUAGCCAAACCCAGCAAGACUCGAGAUUCGGCGUUCAAACGCCUAGGGGACAAAGAGGAUGGACCCCGCAAGUCUGCCAAGCUACGUCUUGGUCCUGAGAUGGGCCGGACUAGCGCAAUGGAAAGACUUGGCGGGAGUCGUCACGCCCAAUCUCAUCGUUCUAGGGAAUCUGAGACGAUUCACCAAGACGAGGAGGAAGCAGAAAGCCAGCCAAGGGCGUCGGCAUAUACCAGACUCUCAUACGAUGAGGAUGACCAUGACAAGAUAGGGAGCGUAGCAAGGAAACUACAUGCCCUGGAGGAAAAGGUGGAAGAGAAGGCGGGAGCGAAAAAGCACACCUUGGCUAAAUCUCCCUUUUCGGCCAGGGUACAUGCGCAGAGGUUGAGGCGGAAGAUUAAGCUGGACGUGGAGAAAUUCACAGGAAAGGAGGAUCCAAACGUCCACCUUGACACCUUCCACAAUGCAGCACAGAUGGCCGGGUGCACUGAUGCUGAGGAAUGCCUACUCUUAUUCUCAUCAUUGAGAGGGAGGCCAGUGGAAUGGUUUAACGGUCUUCCCCAUGGCAGGAUCGGGUCCUUUGAGAAACUUGCCGAAGUUUUCCGCAAAAAGUACUAGGACAAUUGCAUCAAGAGGAAGAAGUUCACCUACCUUAACACGGUAGGGCAGAAGGAGAAGGAGUCCUUGACUCAAUUCUUGACCCGUUGGAGGGAUGAGGUCGACAAGGUAUCGGCCAGCAUAUUCAGGCUGCAUCAGUACUCCAUCUUACCAUUCAAUUCGUUCGGCCUGCGAUUCAUUCAGAUGUCAAGCAAAGAUAACACAAGAAAAGAUGGUAAAUCUU